AUGCUGUCCACACAGGAACACCAGAUUCCACUGCCCACUUUAUGCCCUUGUUGCCUCGCUGCCAUAUCACCACCGGAUCUGAUCACCAACCCCCCUUCCCUCCAUACAAUGACCACCGGUCAACAGUCAACUACAACCAACUCAAUACCGUCACAGUCGCCCGCAAUGGUCCCCUCCUCCCUCACGACACCACAAGAACAGUCCGCCUUGGCAGCCCUGCAUGGGCUCACACUUGAACAAGAGCUGAUCCUGCGCGAGAAAGUAACGCCUUCCUCGGUCAUGUUCGCCUUGGAACUCGCUCGGGAAAGCGAGGAGGGGGCCAUCGAACCAACGGUCGCAAAGCUCCUCACAGACGCCUUCAACAAAAUCUGGAACAAAGUCGUGACCAGGCCUGAUCUCUACCUCAUGUCAGAACAAGAAUUCGCCGUGUUCAAUUAUUUUCAGUCAUUCUGGCCGGACAAGGAGAUUGCGAGAAAGGCAGUAGCCAGGUUUUGGGACAACCCUUGGGCCUUUGCGACUCCCGCAGGCCAGCGCCGGUCAUGA